AUGCCCCAAUCUUUCACAGGACCUGGCAUUUUAAGCCUGGGGACGUGGUAUAUGUUGAAUAUAAAGAUAUACUCCCCGAUAGUGGACAAAGGAUUGUACAUUAUUCCGGCUUACGUUGUCAUGGCAGCAGGGGUAGCGGUAACUCUGUUUGGGAUUGUAGGAUGUUUAGGUGCCAUCAACGAUAACAGGUGUAUGAUAUCUUUCUUUUUUACUUUUGUAUUGAUUGCAUUUGGAUGUGAAGUUUUCUCCACUGUCAAGUCAUUCUUAGUUUAUGACAAGGUUUCAUCGUCCAUAGAAAUGAGAUUAGAGUAUAGUAUGAAAUACCUGUAUCACUACAACACAGAACAUUCUGAUGUAAUCAACAGCAUACAAAGAGAACUGAAUUGUUGUGGUCUUCAUAAAUACAGUGACUGGCAAUACUAUCGUUACUAUAGAGAUGUCAGUCUAGCUGUGGCGAGAGGGAGAGAGACGGUUCCAAUCAGCUGUUGUCGAGAUACAGCCGGUACUUUAUGCAAUGUUGGAAAUAAAGUACCACGUGAUUUAAGAAAGAUAUAUACAAAGGGUUGUCAGACUGCCCUUGAAAACUGGAUACAAAGUAAUAUGCUUAUUUUUGGAUGGACCUGUUUUGCAAUGAGUUCUGUGCAGAUACUUGGAAUGGUAUUAUGCUGUUGUUUCUAUAAAGCAAUGAAAGAUACAAGAAGAUAACACAGCGAAACACCACUGACAGAAUAGAACAAUUAUUGUGUUAUUUAUCCUUCUACACACUGUAAAAGGAGUAGGUUCGAUAACACCCUUAAACGGCCCCUAUUUCUAGCUACAAUUUCAAAUUAGGAUUUAUUGACCAAUAUCACAAUGAAUCAUAGCUAAUACAAUGACUAGAUAGAAAAUAUGUCUUUUUGUUGAAAAUUUACGUACUUGCGUUCUUUUCAUAAUGUCACAAAUAGCACUCAUUUUGAUUUUCAACGAAAACGGGUAAAUUUCCAAUGAUUUUUUGGACAGGAAACAUAGAGCGCAUGCGUCGACAAAAAAGCCUUUUUAACAAAAUGUUUUUUUAUCACAUUUUACAUAUCUGAAUUGAAUAUUUAGUUUGUCGACGCCUGCGCUCUAUGUUUCCUAGGCCUUAAUUUGGUUGAAAUCUGGACGAUUUGGUCAAAUUUCGCAAAAAUCUCUGUUUUUGACCAAUUUGGGAUGUAAAAAUCAACGCUUUAAAACUAAAACUUUGACAAAAAAAGUUCUAUUCAACUUUCUCACAUGUCUUUUUAUCACUUUAAAACAUUUAUUAUCUUGAUACUUAAACUUUAAACUUAAUAAUCGGGGCCAAAUAUGACCCUUACCGAACUUACUCCUUUA